GAACUCAACUAUCAUGAAUGUAGUAAAGGAAAUUAAUAAGAUCAACGAUGCUGAGCUGAAAUUGGGCUUGUCUGGCGCGUCCUGGCACGACGACUACAAGGAUUCCGCGUAUGUUUUCGCUGGCGGACUCAACACAGAACUGACUGAAGGUGACGUGAUUACUAUUUUCUCCCAGUAUGGAGAGAUUAUGGAUAUCAAUAUGCCUCGUGACAAGGAUACUGGCAAGGCAAAAGGUUUCGCAUUUAUCAUGUACGAAGAUCAACGCUCGACCGUGCUGGCAGUAGACAAUUUGAAUGGUGCAAAAGUCCUUGAACGAACCUUGCGUGUAGAUCACGUCAAGAACUACAAGCAGCCCCGGACGAAAGGAGAGGAUGGCGAAUGGAUCGAGGCCGAAGAACAGAGUUUGAACGCGAAACCUGAGAUCAUUAUUGAUGACGAUCCAGGUUCUGAAUCAUCGGAAGACUCUGGUCCAGAGAUCGACCCCGAAGACCCUAUGCGAGACUAUCUUUUGGAAAAACGUCGAGAAGCCAAAGCUCUCAAAAAGGCGAAGAAGUCUAAAUCAAAAGGCAAACACAAAGACGAAACACCCGAGGAACGCCGCGCUCGGAAAGAAAGAAAGAAGGAGAAGCGAAAGAAGAAAAGCGAAAAAUCUGCUGGAGUUUUGGGUGUUGAAAAGUUGUUGGAAUCUUUCGGGGGCGGCAGGGGCAGAGACAUUAAUGGAGGAAGAACCCUGGAAAGGUUCCGUCGCUCACCCACGGGGCGACAGCGUCAUGAUCGGGAUUCCUCCGAACCACAUAGCCGGUCUCCUUCAGCUGACCGAUAUGAUCAAAGGUACAGGCGGGGUAGUCGAUCUUUAGACGGAGAUCGUGAUAGAGACCGGAGCUCCUCGUAUCGCCGCUAA